UGUCAGUGGUAGUUCUGCUUGUGUUGUAGAGGUAAACAACAAGCUAACGGUACGUCUGUGCCGUGCCAAGCUAGCUUUCUAAAUACUGUUGUCUGUUCUCACAUUUAAACAAUGGCCGUUGCAACAAAAAUAUGACUGAGUCACGGAUUUUACUUUUGCCUUCCCGUUUACAGUAUCCGAUUCUGCCAAAGGUAUUUCAAGAACACGAUGGGCCUGGUCGUGAUAUUGACAGAUGAACUCUGUUUCUGCUGAACUCGCAAAUUCUAUUUUACCUCCUCUUGCUUCUUUUUUCUUUUCAAGCGAGGUGUGAAUUGGAGUAAACACACCUAGCUGAGGUAUUUUGAUAUUAUUUUCAUAUUUAUUUCCUUAUUUAUUUAUUUAUUGUGAUAAGUCGACGGCUUCACCAUGUCGGGCGCAAACUUCAUGGCGAGGAUGAAGUCUGCCUUUAGGAAGGAGCGAGAGGACUGGGAUCUCAGUGACACCGCUCCGUUCGAUUUUUCUGACGACCUGGGAGACGAUGACACUCCCAAAUUCAACAAACUGAAGGUCGUCGUGUCUGGUGAGAUGGACGAUUAUUCGGCCGGUGCUCCUUCCAACGGAGCGCCCGUCGUCAACACCAUCGUUGCGGACGAUGAUGACUCGCUCCUCGACUCAAGUCUCGGGAGCCCAGGUGUAAAUAUGGACCCUUGUGAGAACUGUUUGAAGAGAAGAGAACGGCUCAAACAACGGAGGGUGAUGAAGAAACUCGUCUGUGCCGCAGUUUUGUACUUUCUCUUCAUGAUUGGAGAGCUUGUCGGUGGUUAUGUCGCCAAUAGCCUUGCGAUCAUGAGCGAUGCCCUUCAUAUGCUGACGGAUCUGGUUGGCAUCGUUGUGUCUUUGCUGGCCUUGUGGUUGUCCACAAAGCCCCCAUCCAACAGGUUCACCUUCGGAUACCAUCGCUUAGAGGUGGUGUCUGCUGGGGUCAGUGUGCUGCUCAUCUAUAUCCUGACUGGGGUGCUGCUGAAUGAAGCCGUGCAGCGGACCGUUCACCAGGACUUCAGCAUCGACGGGGACGUCAUGCUCAUCACCGCUGCAGUGGGAGUCGCCGUCAAUUUGAUAAUGGGAUUCCUCUUAAAUCAGUCGGGACACCUUCACUCCCACUCCCACUCCCAUGGACCUCCUCAGCCCACCCCAGCACAGAGCCAAGCCCACGGGCACGGGCACGGCCAUGGGCAUGGGCACGGGCAUCAGCGGGCGCACGGCAGCCUGGCAGUCAGGGCGGCGUUCAUCCAUGCCCUGGGAGACCUGGUGCAGAGCAUCGGGGUGCUCAUCGCAGCCUAUGUGGUCCGCUUUAAGCCGGAGUAUAAGAUUGCAGACCCGAUUUGCACAUACAUCUUUUCGGUCCUCGUGCUUUUCACCACCGUCAGGAUCGUAAGGGACACAUUUGUCAUUGUACUGGAAGGUUCUCCGAGACACGUGGACGUGGGCCGCAUGCGUGAGGACCUCCUGAAGCUGGAGGACGUGCAGUCGGUAGAGGAGCUCAACGUCUGGGCCCUCACGUCAGACAAGACCGUGGCCAUCGCACACCUGCAGCUCUUACCAUCUAGUAGUGGGAGCUGGGAGGAGGUGCAGGCGAAGGCGCGUCACCUGCUGCUACAUACCUACGGCGUGUCCCGCUGUACCGUCCAGCUGCAGUGCUCCAGGGCCCGCGCCACACACACGUGUCACACCUGCCAAGCUCUUAGUGCCUGAACACCUCAACACACACGCACACACACACACAAACACACACAAGAACUAUCAGGGCCCCUUCAAAAAAAAAGAGAGAUUAAUCAUCUGUCCUUGAAAAUGAAUCAAGUACAUGAAGUGCACACACACACACACACACACACACACACACACACACACACACACACACACACACACACACACACACACACACACACACACACACACACACACACACACACAGACAGCAAGCUCAUUCCCCUGUGAAGACCUCACACACACACACAUUAUUGCCACAGCAAGAUCAUCCCCCUGCAGAGGUGUGAGGCCUCACACAUGCGUGGGCACACACACACACACACGCACGCACGCACGCACACACACACACGCACACACAAAGACGCACAUUGAGACGAGAGCAUUGUGCUCAUCUAUCAUAUCACACUGUUGGGGCAGCUUUCCAACCAUGCAAGUUCUCUUGAGGACUAUGGAUCAUAUGAUUGUCUUCGAAGCUGCUACUGGGCUGUCUGUCGACAUGUAAUAUGCAACGGAAGAGGAAUCAUUUUUGCAUUGGAAGUGCCAAAGGAAUUACUUGGUCCAGAGUCUGUCGAUGAAUGAAUGCACUUUUUUAGAAUAAAAAAAGAAAAGAACA